CACCAUUCUUCCAGUCCCAGUCCCAGUCCCAAACCCACCAAAAAUAAGCGCCGCCUCUCUCCUCUCAACACACUCUCUCUUUUCCUGGACAUGGCUUCGUCUUCCUUAUUCCACUCCUCCCUAUCCUCCCUCACCCCUAAACACACCGCGUUUUACCAAAAUCCCACAUCCAAACGCCCCCCUAAUUCCGCACUCACCGUCUCCUGCACCUCUUCCACAGUCGAUCCCUCCUCCUCCCCCGCCGCCGCCACCACAAAUAACUCCCCGCCUCUAAAAUCUCGGCGCGCCUUCGACGAGAACAUCCGAGAUGAGGCUCGGCGCCACCGCGCGCCUCACAACUUCUCGGCUAAGUACGUCCCGUUCAACUCGGGCUUCGACUCGCCGGAGUCCUACUCGCUCGACGAAAUCGUCUACCGCAGCCGCUCAGGCGGCCUCCUCGACGUCCAGCACGACCUCGAUGCGCUGGGAAAGUUCGACGGCGCGUACUGGCGGCGGCUGUUCGACUCGCGCGUGGGCAAGACCACGUGGCCCUACGGCUCCGGCGUCUGGUCCAAGAAGGAGUGGGUCCUACCCGAGAUCGAUGACGACGACAUCGUUUCGGCCUUCGAGGGCAACUCUAACCUCUUCUGGGCCGAGCGUUUCGGCAAACAGUUUCUGGGCAUGAACGAUCUCUGGGUCAAGCACUGCGGGAUCAGCCACACCGGAAGCUUCAAGGACCUGGGCAUGACCGUUCUCAUCAGCCAAGUGAACCGCCUAAGGAAGCUCAAACGACCUGUCGUUGGAGUCGGCUGCGCCUCCACCGGCGACACGUCGGCCGCCCUCUCCGCCUACUGCGCCUCCGCAGGUAUUCCCUCAAUCGUAUUCUUACCCGCGAACAAAAUUUCAAUGGCGCAAUUGGUCCAGCCCAUUGCAAACGGUGCGUUUGUGCUGAGCAUCGACACCGAUUUCGACGGUUGCAUGAAGCUGAUCAGAGAAAUCACAGCCGAAUUGCCAAUUUACUUGGCGAAUUCGUUGAACAGCUUAAGGAUCGAAGGGCAGAAGACUGCUGCAAUUGAGAUUCUGCAGCAAUUCGAUUGGGAAGUCCCCGAUUGGGUCAUUGUUCCUGGUGGCAAUCUUGGUAAUAUCUAUGCAUUUUACAAAGGCUUCAAAAUGUGCCAAGAAUUGGGCUUGGUCGAUCGAAUUCCACGCCUUGUUUGUGCUCAGGCCGCCAAUGCGAACCCGCUUUACUUGUAUUACAAGUCAGGGUGGAAGGAUUUCAAGCCGGUGAAGGCGAAUACCACUUUUGCCUCGGCUAUACAGAUUGGGGACCCUGUUUCUAUCGACAGAGCUGUGUAUGCUCUGAAGCAGUGUGAUGGGAUUGUGGAGGAAGCUAGUGAAGAGGAGCUGAUGGACGCCAUGGCUCAAGCAGACUCAACUGGGAUGUUUAUAUGUCCUCACACUGGUGUUGCGCUGACGGCAUUGGAUAAACUUAGGAAGAGUGGGGUUAUUGGAGCUGGUGAUCGGACGGUGGUGGUUAGCACCGCUCAUGGGCUGAAAUUUACGCAGUCUAAGAUCGAUUAUCACGCGAAGGCAAUUCCGGACAUGGCUUGCCGGUUUGCCAAUCUCCCAACACAGGUGAAGCCGGAUUUCGGGGAGGUCAUGGAUGUGCUUAAGGAGUUUUUGUUGAACAAGGCUCCUCCAAAGUCUAAGUGAGACUUGCCCUCGAAGUUUCUGUAUUAAUGUAGCACUUGCCCCUUUUUUUCCUUUUCUGUUUAUGCUGGUUUGGUUUUGAACAGGUGGUUGUUAAAUAAUUGAAGAGAAUUAAUUUUGUUUGUGCUC